AGGUGUUUUCAGACAUCAUCACAUUAGAAGACCGAGAGUAAGGCUGUGUGUGGAAAUGAACAUGUUCUCCAUGAUUGUAGGUCCCCUGCAGCUUGUGCAGCUCUGCAUUAUGACCAUCCUCUCCUUUUUUAACAGUCUACUGGACAACAUUCGCUCCUCGUGGGGAGCCUGCACAGGACGAGGCAGUGAGCCAGGAGUCAACAAAACAAGUCCGAAGGCAGUGACUCCGACCAGCGUCAACUACCAUUUUACACGCAAGUGUAACUACAAGUGUGGCUUUUGUUUCCACACUGCAAAAACAUCCUUUGUGCUGCCUCUGGAGGAAGCCAGGAGGGGCCUCAAACUCCUGAGGGAUUCUGGAAUGGAAAAAAUCAACUUCUCUGGUGGAGAACCGUUCUUGCAUGAGAAAGGGGACUAUCUUGGAAAACUGGUCCAAUACUGUAAACAAGAGCUCCAACUUGCAAGUGUCAGCAUCGUCAGCAAUGGAAGCAUGAUCAGAGAAACAUGGUUCCAAAAAUAUGGUGACCAUCUUGACAUCCUGGCCAUAUCUUGUGACAGUUUCAACGAAGCGACCAACCAGCUGAUUGGCCGAUCUCAAGGCAGCAAGAGCCACCUGGACAACCUGUACAAGAUCCGUAACUGGUGCCAGCAGUAUAAAGUGGCCUUCAAAAUCAACUCUGUCAUCAACACCUUCAAUGUGGAUGAGGACAUGGCGGAGCCCAUUGUUCAGCUCAACCCAGUCCGAUGGAAGGUGUUCCAGUGUCUGCUGAUUGAUGGUGAGAAUGUGGGCGAGAAAGCUCUGAGAGAGGCUGAGAGGUUCACCAUCAGUGACGAACAGUUUCAGGAGUUUCUGGACAGACACAGCAGUGUUUCCUGCCUGGUUCCUGAGUCCAAUGAGAAGAUGAGGAAUUCAUACUUGAUCUUGGAUGAAUACAUGCGUUUCCUGGACUGUCGAGAGGGUCGAAAGGACCCGUCCAAGUCCAUCCUCGAUGUUGGCGUGGGAGAGGCCAUCAACUUCAGUGGCUUUGACGAGAAAAUGUUUCUAAAAAGAGGAGGGAAGUAUGUGUGGAGCAAAGCCGACAUGAAGUUGGAGUGGUAACGUUUUACAAUUCACGGACUUUAUAUACUGUCCCUACUGCACACUUUAAACUUCCUGUUGGGGUUAUCAAAAAUAGUAUCGUAUAUAUGGCAAUUUGCAGUCAAUAUGCCAGGUGCUUGUUAUUGAGUCAUUACGUUGAUGUCAGAAUUUAGAGCCUUUUGUAUUGUAGUCAUGAGAAGCUCAUAAUUUAUUGCUAUAUUUUCAAGAGAUACUUUGUUGAGAUUUUAGGAUGUCUCCCUUUUUUUUUUUUUUAGAAACUACAUUAAAAAUAGAGCUGCAGGUUUUGCAGUAGAGGUUGACGAUAUCGAUAUCACAGAUACCUUUUACAUGGAUAUUUUUCAAAAUCAUUGAAUACUUUUGUGAUUUUUGCAUUUAAUUCGUUUAUCAUGGAUAAAAUAUACAUAAUUUGCACCCUCGGUAGGCGAAGAUUGGUAUGUGGCAUUCAAAUAUUUGUGCCAUGUUAUUGUUACUGCAUCAAAGGGCUAAUGGGGUGUGUGUAUGUGUUUUUAAUAAAAUGUGCUAAAUUAUAUAUUGAAGGCUAUUUGUUGUUGUAAAUUGUAAAUGCUGCGUUAAGAUGUGACAAAUGUCAAUAUUUUAAAUACUACUGAAUUUAUGUUUGCUAUGUGUUUUAGUUUCAUGGUACCCAACGGUGGAAUAAAGUUGUACCAGUGGAA